AUGAGUUUCGAAGGAAAAUGGGUGCUAGACAAAAGUGAGAACUUCGAUGAGUACAUGAAGGAAGUCGGUGUUGGCUUGGUUACUCGUAAAGCCGCCGCUGCACUGAAAGUGAGACUGGAAAUCAAGAAGGAG